AUGGGUAAUCCAUUAGGAUCCCAUUCAGGAGUACACAAAAUUGGUUGUGUAUACUAUACAGUCCCUGCUAUACCUCCAGAAUAUUUAUCAUCGCUGGAAAAUAUUUUUAUUGCAUAUUUAUUUCAUUCUGAAGAUCGAGGAAUCCAGAAAGUUAAUAACCAUAUUAUGUUUAAUGCUCUUAUUAAGGAACUUAUAGAUUUACAUGAAAAUGGUAUUUCUGUAACUGUAAACCUUAAUACCUAUCAGAUUUAUUUUGCCUUAGGCCUAAUGUUAGGAGACAAUUUAGGGUUGAAUUCAAUUUUAGGCUUCACUGAAAGUUACUCGGCCAAUCAUUAUUGUCGUAUAUGUCGUUCCCAUAAAUCUGAACUUCAAAAAAUGAUAUUUGAAUCCAAUGAAUCGCUUAGAAAUCCAGCCAAUUACCAAGUAGAUGUUAGUCUAGCUAAUUAUUCUGAAACGGGAAUAAAAGAAUGUUGUAUAUUUAAUCAGAUUCCCAGCUAUCAUGUUGCAGUCAAUUCUAUUUGUGAUUUUAUGCAUGAUGUAGUAGAGGGUGUUGCUCGUUAUGAUAUGGCUCUUAUUAUUAAAAAACUCAUAGAUUCAAAAUAUAUUACUCUAGAAGUUUUAAAUACCCGAAUAGAACUAUUUAAUUAUGGGACAAAUGAAAAGAGAAACACACCGCCAAAAAUAAAUCUUAAUAAUUUAAUUAACGGAAAUGUUAUUAUGUCUGCCUCAGAAAUGUUGUGCCUUCUGAAGUAUUUUGCACUUAUUAUUGGUGAUUUAGUACCCAGGGACACCGAGGUCUGGCGCUUGUAUAUUUUACUUCGCAAAAUAGUAGAUCUAUGCUGUGCUAGACAAAUACAACCUGAAUGUUCUGUUUUAUUGAAUUCAUUGGUGGCAGAACAUAAUUCUCUAUAUUUAAUAAUAUCUAAAAGUCACUUGAAGCCUAAAUAUCAUUUCAUGACACACUAUGGUCAGUUAUUACUUAAAAAUGGACCAAUUAUUUUGACGUCUAGUAUAAGAUUUGAAGCAAAACACAAAGUUUUAAAAGCUUAUGCUAAUUCUAUUGCUUGUCGAAUUAAUUUAGGCCAUACCUUAUCAUAUAAACUACAAUUACAAAUGACUAGUCGGUUUUUGACCUGUAGAGGUUUAAAACCAGAUUUAAAACUUCCAAAUAAGUCUUGUUCUGAUAUAAAUUCUAUUUAUACUGUGUUCCCAUUUGUUAAUUUACCAGUAGAGUUAAAGUAUAAUUCGCUAUCUCCAUCUUGGUUAAAGUAUAAAGGAUUGUUCUAUAAAACGGGUAUGGUAGUGGUCUUAAAAGUUAAUUUGGAAAUGUACUUAUUCGGUGAAAUAUGUGGGAUGAUCAUAGGUAAAAGUAGAAUCCCAUAUUUUAUUAUUAAACCAAUGUGUACUCUUGGUUUUGAUACACAUUUUUAUGCAUUUGAAAUAGAAAAAAAUUCAAGUUCUAGUUCAGAACUUACUGGAUGUUAUAUUACUAAUUUGCCUGAUCCCACUCCCACCAUUACUAGAGUUCUAGCUAAUGGUAAAAUAUAUGUCGCACUAAAAUAUGCUUUGUAA